AACGCAGACCAGUCUCAAUUCCAAUCUUCCCAGUCGUGAGUUCGCCGCCCCUACGAAGAAGAUUUCCGCCGACGGCCGGUUGAGAUGGGGUUCAUCGGCGACCAGGUGGAGUCGAUACGCUCGAUGCAGGUGCGCCAGGUGCUCUCGCAGAUCAUCAGCCUAGGUAUGAUUGUUACCUCGGCAUUGAUCAUAUGGAAGGGAUUGAUGGUCGCAACUGGGAGUGAGUCUCCAGUGGUGGUGGUUCUUUCUGGUAGCAUGGAGCCUGGAUUUAAAAGGGGUGAUAUUCUGUUUUUAACCAUGAGCAAUGAACCUAUCCGCACUGGAGAAAUAGUUGUUUUUAACAUUGAUGGACGUGAAAUUCCAAUUGUUCACCGUGUGAUCAAGGUUCAUGAACGCCAAGAAAGUGCAGAAGUUGAUAUCCUCACGAAAGGUGAUAAUAAUUUUGGGGAUGACCGACUUCUGUAUGCACAAGGGCAGCUUUGGCUUCAGAAGCAUCACAUUAUGGGGCGGGCUGUAGGGUAUCUUCCAUAUGUUGGCUGGGUUACAAUUGUGAUGACUGAGAAGCCGAUCAUUAAGUACCUUCUGAUUGGCGCACUGGGCCUGCUUGUCAUAACAUCGAAAGAGUGAAGAUGUCAACCUUAGCACAUAGUUUGAUCUUGUAGUGCAAACGUAAUUGAGGGUAGAAGUUCUGUUGUACUGUCUACCGUGUACUGAAUGAAAGAUGUCUUUUUUAAAUCUUGGAGGUAUGUAUCUGCCCUGCCCAGCCGGGUGUUAUGCGACACCCAUCUUCUGAUGGCGUUAACUAAUGAUUCCAAAUGCACUGGAUAAAAUAUCCAGGUGUCCCGUUGGGCCAAAUGCCUUAUGGUUCCAAGUA